ACAACUGAGACGUCUGGUACAGAUAUUUCAAGUCGAUUCUCUAAAAUAUAGUUUUUAUUUGAAAAAGCUGUUUCUAAAGAAAAGGCAAGGAUGCGGACUGUAGUGCUUUUGCUCAUGGGAGUUCAUCUUGCCUAUGCUGGAAUGCACUCUCUGAAAUAUUUCUUCACUGGUGUUUCUGGAGACAUUGACUUCCCAGAGUAUACUGCAGUUGGUCUGGUCGAUGAAGGGCAGUUUUAUUAUUUUGACAGCAACAUAAAGCAAGCUGUGCCAAAAACAGAGUGGAUUAGACAGAAUGAGGGAGAAGAUUACUGGGUCAGAGAGACACAGAAUAUGGUAGGCUACCAUCAAUCCUUCAAAAACAACAUCCAGAUCUUAAAGGAACGGUUCAACCAAUCAGCAGGUGUUCACACGUGGCAGCUGAUGUACGGCUGUGAGCUGAAUGAUGAUGGCACUACUCAAGGAUACCAUCAGUAUGGCUAUGAUGGAGCGGACUUUGUCAGCCUGGAUAAGAACACCCUCACCUGGACUGCUGCUAAUCCUCAAGCUGUCAUUACCAAACACAAAUGGGAGGCUACAACAUAUGCAGCAAAAGAGAAAGGAUAUCUGGAGAACACAUGCAUUGAGUGGCUGAAGAAAUAUUUGGAUUAUGGCAAAGACACUCUGGAGAGAAAAGUUUCUCCACAGGUGUCUCUGUUGCAGAAGGAUCCCUCUUCUCCAGUGACGUGUCAUGCUACAGGUUUUUACCCCAGUGGAGUGAAAAUCUCCUGGCAGAAAAAUGGACAAGACCAUGAUGAGGAUGUGGAUCUUGGUGAACUUCUUUCCAAUGAGGACGGAACUUUUCAGAGGACAAGCACCAUCAAUGUUGAACCUGAUGAGUGGAAGAACAACAGGUUCAGCUGUGUGGUGGAACAUCAGGACAAAACCAUCAGAAAGACAGAGGAUGACAUCAUUACUAACUUUGGAGAUUCUGUUCCCAUCGGUAUCAUUGUUGGAGUUGUUGCUGCUGUCAUCCUGUUGGUUGUCAUUGGUGUUGUUGGGUAUUUGGUAUAUCAGAGAAAGAAAGGCUUUAAACCUGUCAGUGCCUCUGAUGAUGGAUCCAACAGCUCAGCUCGUACAUAAAGACGAGACCAGACAUGUGAGAGAGAUGAAGUUGAACAAAUUGUUUAUCCUGCUGUCCAUCCUGCUUACAAAACUUCACAAAAACUCUCACAACAUGAAACACAAAAAAUCUCUUUCUCUCUCUCUCUUACACACACAAAUUAUUGAUUGAUUGUUGAUCUCAGAACUGAAAUUGGAAAAUUUCUAUAUUUCUUUUUAGUGACACAUAAAAAGAAGAAUACAAAUGAUUGAUUGGCGAGGUUACUAAAUAAAUUAGAAAAUAAAUUAUAAAGUUUUUACAGUAAGUGUAACCACCUGUGUACAACAGCCUCUCUGUCUAAGAUCAAUCUGUUUUAUAUAUAUAUAUCUUUUUUUUUUUUCUAGAGGGAAUUUCUGUGGGAGAUAGAAUGUAAAAAUAAAUGAGGGGCAGGCUGUUAAGAAGUCAUUGAAAACUAUUAAAUUGUUUAUUAAAUGCAAUAUUUAAAUUACUUUAAAUAAACUUUAAAUUGGUCUAGAUUGGGUGAAUUGUGGAAUUGGUCUUUUCCAUCAAUUAAAUUAAACUAUCAAUAUGUAGGCUUCAUAUUUUAUUCCUUGUGUGGGAUUUAAGGUUUUUUUCUAUUUGAGUAUUUUCUUCUUUUUUUGUUUUAAAUGAUUUAGAUGAUAAGCUGUACUAUUCUUGUUCUUUAUUCUUGUUAAAUAAUUGUAAUGUUAAAGAUACUGUACUAUUAUCUGAACAGUACAGUAAUAUAUAGAUAUUUUCCUUUAUUUGAGGUUACUAAAUCUAAAUUAAGUUACAUAAAUGUUUUUGUAUAUUGUUGCCUUCAAAACAUUGUAAUGUUAUUUUGAUUCUUUAAAAAUAAAGAAACCUCACAGAAAGGAGCAAGUAGUGAA